AUGGAGUACCAUCACGCGUACGACGCGCACGCGAUGCCGCACGUCACGAACCCGCCGCAUCUCGAAGACUUCGAGCAGGCCGCGCUCGAGACGCUUCUCAUGCCGCCGCCGCCUCCGCUGGCGUCGCGCGGAGGACGCGACGCGAGUUUCUCCCCGGACGUGGGAUUGGGGGGGGAAAGAGCCGGCGCGGCGCGCGACGCGUACGCGCUCGCGUCGACGAGCGGCGGACGACCGCCGCUGCGAGAGAUGGACGAUCCGAGGGAGACGUUCGAGCGCGAGUUCAAGGAGAUGCACGUCGCGAACGGCGUCAACUUCGAUAAGCUCGCGCACACCCUCAACCGCCGCCUCCAACGCACGAACAAGCCGUUCGACACCUACGGCCUCUAUCGCGCGGUUACCAAUCGCGGCGGCUUCGUCGAACGGCCGACGGCGCGGAAAAACCUCUCCAUGGUGGAGGUGUUCCGAGAGAUGAGCAACCACUACGACGGGCACACGUACACGGACAUCGGGACGCUGCUGCUGAACACGUACGAGAAGUACUUUUUGGAGUACGAGCGCGCGCACCCGCAGGACCUGGCGCCGCGGCCGGCGCCGGCGACGGCGGCGAGGGGGGACGCCUCGAACGCCGCGGAGAAAGCCGAGAAGGGCGCGGGGGGGUCGGCGAAGCCGUCGGCGGCCGCGAAGAAGGCGGCGGCUGCGGCAGCAGCGGCGGGCGGCGCGAACGGAGGACACGCGGCCACCGCCGCGACGACCGCGGCGGCGAAGAAGCGCGCGCGGAACCCGACCAAGUCGAACCCGACGACGACGACGACGACGACGACGACGCAUUGGACCGACCACGCGAUGCGGUGGGGCGGCUCUCCGCCGCCGUCCAACUACGACGCGCUCGUCGCGCCGAUGCCGCCGCCGCAGAGGUACGAGACGCAGGCGAUAGACGAUGACGACAUGGACGUCGAGGACGGCGGUGACCUGUCCGCGUCCCCCGUCGAGCGGUUACUGCGCCGCGCCGUGGAGGACGCCUACGCGGUGUCCUCCGCCGCGGACGACGACGCGCUCCUCCUCCGCGCGCACAUCGAGCGCGCGAUGCGGCAAGGCGACGCCGCCACCCUCGCGAUGUCGAUGAAAACCCCCGUGGACCACGCCGACCGCGUGAACCUCCACGCCGACGGCGACGGCGACGGCGCGCGCGGCGACGUCGGCAGCGGGUUCCGCGCGAGGAUGCGGCGGCUGGGAUUGGACGGCGCCGCGGGGGGCGCGACGCCGUCGUCCGCGCUGGGCGGGGAUUCAUCCCCGGAGCCGUCGCCGACGACGUUCGGCAGCGGCGGGCUGAUGGUGUCCGGGCCCGGGUGGCUGCCGUCGAGCGCGGAGGCGGUGCCGUACGCGGCGUCGAGCGGCGGCGGCGGCGGCGCGGACGGACGGAGGAGCCCGGACGGUCGACGCGCGCCGCUGAGAGAUUUAAACCCGACGGGGGUGUAUCGGAGCUCGUCGCUCGCGAAGGUGGACUCGCUCGGGGAUUUCGACGCGAACUUGUGGGCGGACGCGGGAAGCGCGGGCGGCGGCGGGGGCGGCGUGAACGGCGGCGGAGGGAGCGGCGCGAUGAGCGGCGUGAACACUCCGGGGGGGAUGACGUCGACGGAGAACCUCUCGGAUUUGUUUCGCGUCGCCGAUCGCGAGUCCGAGGAGCUGUUCAUGUAG